AUGAAUUCUGAAUUAAUAGAAGAACAAUGUUUAUUAUCAAAAUACUAACUGACUUAAGAGUUUUUAAGCAUUAUAAGAGAUUAUAAAAAUAACAUCUUUGCUUCUGAAUAAAUUUUUCAGAAAGUUGUAUCAAGCUUUAUUAGUUAAUUGAGAAAUCAUAAUGACAAAGAAAAAGUUAUAAAUACUUUGAGUCUUAUUGUCCAAGAUAAUCAAUUUCUUGAAGAAUUUAAGAAUAAGUAUAAAAAAGAUGAACCUAAUUUUUUUAUAAAAUGGUGGAAUAAGAGUGAUUAAUAAAAGGAAGAUUAGAGAAUCGAGAAGAUUCAUUAAUUUUAUCUUAAAUUGAACACUAAAAGAUUAAAUAUUCAUAUAAAUUGGUAAGAAUUAGCUAAUUUAUUUGUUGGACAAGAUUUUAAAGACUCUUUUCCUCUGCAAAUUCCUUUAGAUACACAGAAAGAAGUUUUAAUGAAGCUUCGACAUCAUAUCUUCAAAAUUCUAGAUUUAAUAAAAUUAUGUAGAAAAAAAAAUUCCUCGUUUUAAUUAAAUUCGUUGAUUUUAAACAAUUUAAUAUUUUUUUUCUUUCUACCAAAUGAAUUAGAGAUAACUGAAUACGAAAAAGAAGGAUUAUAUUAAAUUUUAGGAGAAAUUUUGUGUGAUUGUUGGCUUCAUUUUCAUUAUCAUUGUUAAGAAUUGGAAAAGCUUAAUAAAUAAUUUGAACUUGAAAAACUUAAAGAAAUUAACUAAUUAUUAUUGAAUAAUUCUGAUGAAUUAGAGAAAUCAUAACAAUUAUACAGUUCUAUAUAAAAUGUAGUAUAAUAAUUAUUAAGCUAACAUAAUUACACUAAUAGAGAGAUUGAUAAUUUGAUAAACAAAUUACUGCCAAUUGAAUUUGAACUUUAAAUUAUAUUCUAUAAAAUGUGCUUUUAUUGUUGUUUAAAAUUCAAUGCAUAUUACAAAAAAAAAAUGGCCUAACAGAAUAACAACUAAAAAAAUGACUAAAAGAAUAACAAAAAAAAAUUGGAAUUGCUUGACUUAUACAUUUAUUCGAAAAGAUAAAACAUUUAAGAAUAAAAGUUAUAAGAUAAAUUUUAAUCUUAUGAAAAUUAAUAAAUAGAUAUUUAAACUAAAUUACGACAAUUGACAUAUCAUUCGAUUGAAGAAUUGAUUUAAUCCAUAAUUGAAGAAAAUUUUCAUAAUUUAAAUACAAAGUAGCAUAUAGUAAACCUGAUUUCAAAAGACAUAUGGAAAGCGAGAAUAUAGAAUUUGCUAACAAAUAUACCUCAAGAGAGAAAAAGACAUGUAGCAUUUCAUUUAAUAAAAUUAAUAAGGUAAGACAGUUUAAUUAAUGUUGCUAUAUAAUUAAAGGAAUUAAAAUAACAAUUAACCUUCUCAAUUUAAGAAAUUGAAAUUAUGAUAAGAAUUUUAAUAGAAAAUAAAAAUUAUGACUUUUCUAAAUAUGAAACUUUGAUUUCUGCAUAUAAGUAGGAUUACGAUAUUAAUAUGUUAAACAUAUUUCUUUACGAUGUCAAUUUAGGUUUAGAACAAUAAAUUUAAAUAUUGCAAUCUUUCUCAGAAUAAUAAUGGUUCUAACUUAAAUAAAGCUCAAUUUCAAUGACGAUUACGAAGAGUUUAAUUGAAAAAUACUUGCAAUAGUAAUCUAACUUGUAUAGUUCAUUGUUUUCUCAAUUGAAAAGAUUAUUCUCUUCCAAUUUUGUGCUUGAAUAACCUGAUUCAAAGGUUAAACUGUUCUUUUAAUUUUUUAGAUGUUUAGAGGAUAUCCAAAUACAUGAAUUAAUUAAAGAAACUACAGCUCGCACAACUUUAUAUAACAAAUUUAAUUAAACAAUACAGAUUUUAUAUUAAAUUUUUAAAUCCUUAUCAACAUAAUACGAAAAAUAACUUUUAAGGGAGAUUUUUGAAGAAAACUUACAAUUUCCAUAUAUCUAUUGUUUUAACUAAUUCCUUAAACUAUUUGAGGUUAAUUUAAGCUAAUAAUAAAUAGAAUUAAUCUUCGAAUUAAUUUACUAUUGGAAAACAAAGUCAUUAGAAAAUUUAUAAUUGAAAGCCGAAAAAUUUUAUAAGUAAAAUGAAGAAUUGUAUAAAAAUACAUUUUAAUAAAUAAACUAUUUUUAUACUGAUGAAUUACAUCCUUUAAAAUUAGACGAAUAAAUUAAGGACAUUUAUCCCCGUUCACUAGAGAUUUCAUUAGAAAAAUUUAAUAUUUCUUUGACAUUGUUAAAUGAGAAAGAAUAAAAAGACUUAAUUGUAAAGUGGAUUAAAAAUAUUAAAAAUUAAAAUGCUUUUGAACAAUUAAUACCAUUUUUUUUUAAUAUUAUCAAAAGAGGAGAAUCGUCUACAUCAUUUUUAUAAAUUAUUAAUUAAUAAAUAAAAGCUAAUAGAGAUUUGGAAAGUAAAUAUGGAUAUUUUAAUUAAAAAUCAAUUUUUUAAAUAUUUUAUAAUAAUGCCAAUGAAGAAUUGAAAGUGAUGCUUCUAAAACUUAUGAGUAAAUAAAAUCCAAUUCCUUUAUUAUAUCAGGCAUCUUAUAAUCCAUAAAAUAGUUAGACUUAAAAAUAUACAUUUAAUUUCAAUACAUAUUAUGUUUUCUAAUAAAAUUAUCCAAUUAUUAAUUUUAGUUUAGAUGAAAAUCAAUAAAGAAUAGGUAAAACAGAGUUAAUAAAUACAAUAUUUUAUUAGUAAAAUAAAUUUUAAAUUAGUGAUGACAAUUAUUUAAACAGAUAAACAAUAGAUAUUAUGUAUGAUUUUGAAUUUAGUGGAUCUAGAAAUUUAUCUGUUGCAGAUGCUCAUAAUUUUAUUCCAUUUGAAAUUUUAAAUGAUAUAUUACCAAUGUUUAAAUUAUGGAUAAUUUAAUUAAAUACAGAAGAAGAAAUAGAUAAAACCAUUUAAAAAUUAAUAUAAUUAGAAUCUUAUAAAAAGAAAUUGAAAGAUCAAGUCAUUUGUUUUCUGAUUAGAAAUUCAAAAUAAGAUUUAAAUGAAUAAUAAAUUCAAUCAUUAACAUAAUUUAAUAUUGAAUAUAAAUAAGUUAUUGAUUUGACUGAUAAAGGUUUAAAUAAUGAAGUGAAAUUCGAUGAAAUUUAAUAAGUAUCUAAAUUUUUAUUUGAAAUUAUAAAAUAAUAGAUAGAGAAAAUAUCACUAAACCAAGAAUAAUAUUUUAAAUUAAUUUGUUAAAUGAAAUAUUAAGAUCUUCGUCCAACAUAAGUGAUGAAAGAAGCUUAGGAAUUAUUCGAAGAAAUUGAACAGGAAUUAAAUAAAUAUAUGCAAGAUGAAUAAGGUUUUUAUAAUUAAGCUGCUUUUCCAAUAAGGAGUAUUAAUUGGUAAAUUAAAAAAGAAAACGAUAGAUAUAUUAGAUUAUGGUAGGGUAAUGAUCAAAGAGAUAAAGUUAGUUUAAAUCAAAUUAAUAAAAAUAUAUAAAAUUUAAAAGAUAGAUUGAAAUCAUAAUUAUUUUCACAACUUGUUUUACUUUUUUGUAAUAUACUAAAAAAACCUAAUUCUUAUAUUUUAUACCUUCAGUUUGUUGAUAAUAUAAGAAAGUUUAAUGAUAAAAACACUUAUUUGCUUUAACAUAAAAUGUAGGAGUUAAAUGAAAAAAUUUAAAAUUUAAAACAAAUCAAAGAAUCUAUAAAGCCAAAAGAAAAUACUUAAAUAACUAUAAAUUUAAGGAAAUAAAGAGAUGAAAUAUAAGUUGAUAUUGAUAAAAAAGUUAAUGAAUUAAAAUAAAUUUAAGAAGAAAUCUCAAAAAAAAAUAUUGGGAUAGAAUUAUUUUGGAGAGAAAUAAUGUGUAAUGAUUGUGAAAUUAAUAUUGAUAUUGAUCCUGCUAAUAUUGUUAAAGAGAUGAUUUCUAAAGGAGAACCUUUUGAAUUUUUAGAUGGUGAUUAAUUAAAAAUUGAUUAGUAAUUUUUGAUGAAACUUAUAAAAAAAUUUAAAGAAUAAGGAUAAGAGAAGAUAUUAGUCUUUAGUGUUUUAGGGCCAUAAAGUUCAGGAAAAUCAACAAUAUUAAAUAAAAUAUUUGGGUGUCAUUUUUGGACAAGUGUUGGUAGAUGUACUAAAGGAAUAUAUUUAUAAUUAUUAAAAAUACAUAACAAAUAAUUCUUUAAUAAUUUAUUUGAUUACAUAAUAAUAUUAGAUAGUGAAGGACUUCAAAGUCCAAGUUAAGAAGAUUCAGAAUUUGAUAAGAAAAUAGCUCUUUUUGUAUUGUAAAUAAGUGAUAUUAUUUUAUUAAAUGUUAAAGGUGAUUUAAAUAAAUAAUUUAAAUCAUUAGUAGAAAUGUGUAUAUUUACUUUAGGAUAAAUGAAAUGCUUUACUAAUUAAAAAUAAAUUACUUGGUGUUUUAAUUAAAAUAGUGACGUUAAUAAUCAUGCACUUUUUUUAGAACAAUUAAAAUCAGUUGCUGAAAGCUUAAAUACAGAAUUUAGUUAAUAAACUGAAGAAGAUUAAGCUUUUAAUUACAAUGAAAUCCUUGGAAUUACUAUCAAUAAUAUAAAGAUUUUAGGAUUUGCAUCAACUGAAAAAUUAUGGAGAAAAAAUGAAAAUAAUGGAGUAUUUUCAGAUUGGAGAUAAUUAGCAAUUAAUGGAACAUUUUCUGAAGAAGCAUAUGAAUAUGGAAUUCGAGUAAUUAAAUUAUAUGUUGAUAAAUUUGGAAAGGCAAGAUAAAAUAAUUAAUAAGAAAAUACUUAAAUGGAAAAUUUAAAAUCAUUUAUUGAAAGGAUUGAUUUGACUUGGUACAGUAUAUAAAAUUUACCUGAUUUACUUGAAUUUUCUGAAUUAAUACAACAUUAAUAAAAUCUAUUUAUGAGAUAAUAAUUCGAUGAGUUAAUUAAUAAAUAUAAAUUUCCUAUUAAAUUUGAAUAUAUCAAAAAAAUUGCUGAUAAGGUCUUACAAAAAAAUUAAAGGUUGACAAUUGAAAAAUUGAAUGAAUUAUAAGAAGAAUAAACAGCUGAGAUGACUGUUGAAUUUGAUAAAAUAGAAAAAUAAUUCUCAGAAAAAUUAAUUGCUAUUAAAAAUGAGAAAAAAAUAUCAAAAAAAGUAUUUAAAAAAUAUGAAAAGAUGCUCAAAGACAGAAUAAAUAGUGAAAAAUCAGCAUUUAGUUUGGCUAUAUGUGCUGAAAUUGGGGCAUAACAAACCAGAAUAUAAAAAAAAAAUGGUUUUGUUAGAUUAGAAAAGUUUAUAUUGGAAUUAAUAAGAAAUGAAGAUGAGUUAAAAAAUUAUAAAGAAGACGAAACAAAAAUUGAAAAAACAUUUAAAUAAAUUUGGAAUUCAAUCCUCAAUUAACAUAUACAAGAAUAAGAAUAAAUGUUUAUAUAGGUAUGUGAUAGACUAUUCCUAGUAAUCAAUAAAGAGUUUUUACAAUAUUCUUUAAAUUCAAAUAAUAUAGAUCUUUACAAAAAUAAAUAUCAUGAAGAAAAGCUACUUAAAAAAUCUCCGUUAAGUGAAGAUUACUUAAAAUCAUUUUAAAUUUUACGUAGAGAAUUGUAGACUUUAUAAUUCAUGGUUAUAGAGAAUUAAAAUAAAACCUAUUAGUUUUAUGAAAAUUUUCUGUCAAAUUUUAAUAAUAGAUUAAAGAAAUGCUAAACUUCAUAAACUUCAUAAAUUUUAUAAAUAAAAACUUUUUAUUAAAAGAGUAUUAUAAUUAAAUGGAUAACUAAAGAAUAAAUUAAAAGAUAUAUGGAAGAUAAUAUGCAUUCUGAUAUCAUUUCUUACUAUUAAUAAAAUGAAAGAUAAUAAAAGUAGGCUGUAUAAAAUUUUUUAGAUUAAUUUAAAAUUUUUGGGUAUGAGAUUGUUGAAAGAUGCGUUGAUAAACUAUUUAAAUUAAUAUAAAGUUGGUGUAAUUAAUCUGAAAGGACAUCAUAGAUUGUUUAAUACUUUAGUUCUUCAAGAUAGGUUACUUAAAAUGACUUAAAAUAAUAGCUUUAAUAAUGUUUUUCACCUGGGUAAAGAAAAUAUUACAAUCAAAUUGAAUAUGGUUUAUCAAUUGAUAUCAUCAGAAAUUUAAGAGAAUUUAAUAAUAUUCAAUAAAAAAAAGAAAUCAUAUAAAUAUCUGAUAAUGAUAAUGAGUUAGAAAAUUAUAUAAAAAUAUAUAAUUAAAAUGAUAAAUUUAUAAUUUAAAUAGAAGAAUAAAUCAAUUUAAAUAAAAAUUUAUUUAUAUAUUAAUAAUUUAAAUAUGCUGAAGAUGUUUUUAAAUAUAUUUUGAAUCAGAGAGAAUAUUAGCAAUCAAAUCAAGUAUUUAGAAAUAAUGCUGCUAAAUUAAUUUAAUUUUUAAUGAAUGAAAAUGAUUCGGAAGGCUGGAAAUUAAUGUAUAGUUAAAUUCAUGGAUUGGUAUUUGAAUUAAUGAUUGAAAUAAAGAAAGGUUCUUUUAUUGAAUAAAAUUAACAAUUCAAAGUUAAUUAAUAUAGUUUUAGUUUAAUAAAAAGAAUAAUGUCAAAGAUAGAAGAGAAAAUAAAAGAAUUUAAUUUAUAAUUUUCAAAUUUCGGUGUUAUGCUGAAUGAUAUAGGAGAGCGAUGUCUAUUUAAUUAUUCAAUUUUUACAAUUUGGAGUUUUUUAUGUUAGGGAUAAUAUUAAUCAACUGAGUAAAAUAUUUAAGAAUUAUAAGAUUAAACUAAUGAACAAUAUUUGAAAUUUAAAGCUGAUAUUUAAUAAAAUAAAAAAGAAUAAAGUAAAAUUAGAGGAAUAACAUCAGCUACAGAUAUAAUAAAUGUAGGAACAGAAAGAUUAUAUGCUGAAUUUUAAAGAAUUGCAUUUUAAAUGAUAGCUUAAUACAAUUAAGAAUCAAGUUAUGAAAUAAUUCAAAAAUUAGACAAAGAUAUUCUUGAAAGGAGUGAUUAAAAUGUAACAGAUAAUUAGAUUAUUUAAUAUAUUCGAAAUCAAACUGUUUAUAUAGAGGAAUAUGUAUAGGAUAAAAUAAACAAUAUUAAAUAAGAAAUAAAAACAAAAUUAACAAGUGAAUUAAGAAGUAAUUUGAAAUCUCUUUUAAAAAGAGUAGAUUAAAACACAAAGAAUUUAUGUGAUUUUGUUAUUAGAGAUCUAAAAGCGGAAGAUUAUUUUAAAUAAUUUAGAAAUCGUAAAGAAGCUCCAACAUUAAUGUAUUAAAUAGUUAUGAGUUGUCUUUAAGGAUAGAUUAGAAAUGAGCAAUUAGAGUAAAUACAAGAAGAUAAAAGAGAUGCAUUUUAAACUUAAGAUUUUCAUAUUUUUGAUGUUCCUUUAUGUACAACAACUUAAGAAACUGAUGCUGAAAUAUAAAUAUUAUCAGAUUUUGUUAAUGCAUUUAUAAAUAAAAUAAGAGAAGGAAUUAAAAAUUUAGAUUAGAUAGAAAUAGAUUUUGAAAAGUUAAAAGUACAAGCUGAAUUAGAUUAAUUAAAACUUAAAUAAAUUGGAUGUUUAGAAUAUUGUCCAAUUUGUAAAAGAAAAUGUGAUGAACCAGUUGAAGAUAAUAAACAUUAGCAUUAAUGUAAAAAUGGGCAUCAAUUAAGAGGUAAUAUAUAAUAAUAAUAUAUUAGGAAUGAGUGGAGUAUUAAUUGGAUGUUAGCCAUCAUUAUACACUUGUGAAGAAAUAUAAGAUGAUUUUUAAAUUAUAGAAUUAGAAACUUAACAAACUAAAAAAUGGAAAUAAAUAAAAUAAAUUUAUAAUGAUUGGUAGUUUUCUUGUUUAAGUAAAGAGUCUUUACAAAAUUUUAAAUAAAAAUUCAUGAAUAUAUGGAAUGAUAAGAUAGGUAAAAUGAUUUGCAAAAAGCUUACAGAAUAAAUUGGAAAAGAUAUAUUUUAUAUUCCAAAAUAAGAAGUUUAGCUAGGAUAAAAUUAAGGAUUAUAAAAGUCUGCUCAUUAUAUUAUUAUGCUUGAUGAUUCUGGCUCCAUGGCAGUAGAAAACCGUUUUGAAAAUGCUAGAAAGGGUUUACUUGCUUUUCUUUAUGAGAUUAAGAAAAAUCCUAAUGCAAGGGUUACCAUUAUGAUUUUCAAUCAUUAAGCAAGAUAGGUAGUGAAUUGUUAAAUUCCUGAUCCUUUAACUUAAGAAUCAUUAAUAACUUUGUAAGGUGGAGGUACUGAUUUUGAUUAAGCCUUUACACUUGCACAUAACAUAAUCUCAUCUAAUUCUAAUUUUCAUAGCUUCGAAACGUAAAUGUUUUAAUUUUAUAAUUAGUCAUUCAAUAUUGUUUUACACUGAUGGAGGCUCUAGUUAUCCUACAGCAGCAUUAGAAAAAUUCAAAUAAUUAAGUGUAGACAAAAGAUAAAAAAUAGAAUUAAUUGUUUUAACUGAAGAGGAUAAUCCACCUACGCUAAUUAAAGUUGUUGAUUAGUUUAAAUAAUAAUUUUUAUUUGCGAAAUUGCAAACAUCAAUGACACCUUAACAAAUAGGAGAAGUAUUUAUUGAAGAAGUUACCAAAAUCACUCAUUAAAUAAGAAAUUGUUGA